CUCUGCGGCGCUAGGCUAAAGGCUACUAGUUUGACUUUCAGUAGCGGCGGACUCGGACGGCAGCUCUGUUUACAUGCAAGUCUCAACAGCAACAGAGGCGCAAAAAUAACAAAAUGAAUUUCAUCAGAAGCCGACUUUCGUUUGGAAACAUUUUGGGUUCAAGGUACUUCUUACAAGAGCGGAGCCUAAGGGGGAUGUGCAACAAACUACAGGAGGUCAAAGCAGAGCCUCCAGCGGCUCCUCCAGCACAAACCUCCCCCAAUCUGGGCUUCAAAAUCCCAGGCUACAGACCCUCGAAUUUCGACAGAAAAAUGCUGCUGUGGACGGGACGCUACAAGACUGCCGAGCAGAUCCCUGAGCUGGUAUCGUUUGAAACGCUCGACGCCGCCAGAAACAAAAUGCGUGUAAAAGUGUGUUACAUCAUGAUGGCAGCCACAAUAGGCGGCUGCUUGUUGAUGGUCAUCCUAGGCAAACGGGCCGCUGGCAGAAAUGAGUCUCUGACGGGUCAGAAUAUGGAGCGGAAGGCCAGAUGGAGGGAGGAGCUACAGAGAGAGCAGGCGGCCGCCGUCUCCUUGCCCGAUAAGGCGCAGUGACGUCCCUGUCUGAGAGUCCCUAGAGAUUACGGCGGAAGGAAGCACUGGAUUGAAAUGGAAUGUUUUUGGUUGGAAACGUAAUGCGGCUCUUUUAAACCCAAAUAGUGGCCACGAAUGCCAUGUGCUUAACUGCAGAUGAAAAGAUGUGGUUUUUUUUGUGGUAUGCAUAAAAAAACUAUAUACUGUAUGUAUUCGUCACGUGUAAUGUGGCAUUUGAACACAAACAGGCAAAACAAAUUGAGGAAGUGAAUUGGAGUUCUUCCCUAACAGCAACCGGUCACCAAAUUUUGUCUAGCUGGCAACACGAUUUCAGCAUUUAAGUGGAAUUCACCAAAAUGGAUUGUCAUAUUUUCCUCAUGGGGUUGGUGGAGGUCAUUGUCUAAAAUUCGUCUAAAAACGCUAAUGGUACAAAUGUCACGUAAAAUUGCCUUUUGCUUUGUAUACAAGUGCCAAAAAACUAGUUUCAAAAACUGAAUCUAUGUUGUACGAGUCCACCGCACACAGCAACCGAUAUUUCAGGCCUUAGUUUCAAGUUCGAUUAUAGCAGAUAAAUGUUAAAGCGGCACUUUUGCACUUCAAUGAUUCACGAUAUAGCCCUAAUAUAUUCGGGAAAUACUUCGAACAUGCUUCUCAAUGGUUCAGCUGACAUUUUCCCCAUUAUAAAAGACUAUUGUCAGCAGUAAAAGGGUUUUUGAUUCUGUCUUUACAACGAAUGUCCCGCCUUCCAUCAAUUACGAGAUAUGUUCUUCAUCCAGCUCGCCACACCUCUGUAAACGAAGAUUAGGACCUUUAUGCUUUUCAAUGACACGGCACAGUUUUCAACCAUGUUAAUGUCUGUACAUAGUAAAAACAUGGCAAAUACAGGUCUGGUCAAAGUUUGUCAUGAUUUGAGUAGAUUGUAAUGACUGGUGCUACAAUUGAUAGGUCACUGGAUUCCUUUUUAUACAAAAGUCAGGAGAGGGUCGCACAAACUCAAUACAAUAGUGUUUAUCCAUCGUUGUUCUUUAAAGCCCGUUUCCUAUUAAAAUACUUUUCCCACGACACGCUUCUGGAAACACCUGCAUGCAAUACACCAUGUUGGAGGUCCAGACAUGACUGGUUGUUACGGUGCUAAUAGAGACAUUUGACCGUAUGACCAAGCUGCAGCCAACCUACAAAAAUCGCUGCACUUUUCAAAAGGAGCAAUUACUAAGUUCCAACACUUUCAGCUUGAGGACUUUUCGUGGUCUACAAGUACAUUUAUACUACAAGAACGUGUAUUUAAUUGUACUCAACUAUGGUUAUUUGCACUACAACUAUGUGUGCUUGCGGGUACAUUAGUUUCAUCUUGGUUGCAGUACCAUUUUUGCCCACCAAUCUGACAUAUUGCUCCUCUAACCUUUAGCGAUGACAAAAAUGAUGAGAUUGCCGUUAUUAUGGUAAGAGAGGAAAUGACCCACAAUUGGGUCUUAGACCAGUGAGCCUUUAAUCAGCAGGGCCGAGAACGAAAAGUGGUAUUUGCAUGCAACUUGGCAUUUUUGCCAUGUGACUUAUUUUGCCAUGUGGUAAAAUUGAUUUUGACAUGUGGCAAAAUUGAUUCUACCAUGUAGCAUAUUUUUGCCAUGUGGCCAAAUUUUGUCAUGUGGCAAAAUGUAUUUUGCCACGUGGCAUUAUUUUUGCCAUGUGGCUUUUUUUUUU